AAACGCGGAGACAAAAAUCAAACACACCAUCGGGACAACCACGUCACUCACCGGAGACUUGCUGCCACAUACUCUCGCAACAUUAGCCAGCGGUUAGCAUCUGGCAGCUCACAAAUGUCCAUUUUACCGCAGAGGAGGGGACUUUUACGUUUUUGUUAGUCAUGGUGGUAAGGAAUGAAAACGGGAUGGAGCCGUGGAUUAUACAAAACCUCCCUCCUUCAGCUGACUGAUUGAUGAUUCAUAUUAAAUAAACCAAUAAGUUGAAGACAAUCUGCAUCAUGGGAAGGAUCAGCUUCUCGUGCCUUUUCCCCGCCUCAUGGCAUUUCAGCCUGUCGUCCCAGGUUCUUCCUCGGCUCCUGAUACCUUCCCUCAGACAGCUGCUCUUCAUCGGCCUGGUGCUCUGCCUCAUAGGACUCCUCUACCUGCUGCUUGUCACUGGAAAGGGGCACGCCAGCUGGAUCAGAAAAGAAAACCACUUUCACAGGCACUUGGCGAGGGUGACUGAUGUGGAUGCAACAGAUACAAGCAACCCCAACCUGAACUAUGGCCUGGUGGUGGACUGUGGCAGCAGCGGCUCCAGGGUGUUUGUGUACUGCUGGCCCCGGCACAAUGGUAAUCCCCAUGAACUCUUGGAUAUCCGGCAAAUGAGAGAUCAACAUCGCAAACCAGUGGUCAUGAAGAUCAAGCCGGGCAUUUCUGAAUUGGCUAAAACACCUGAGAAGGCCAGUGAUUAUAUCUAUCCACUGCUGAGCUUUGCAGCACAACACAUCCCCAAAAAUAAGCACCAAGAAACACCCUUGUACAUCCUGUGCACAGCUGGAAUGAGAAUCCUUCCUGAAAGUCAACAGGAAGCUCUUCUAGAGGAUCUGCGAACAGACAUCCCAGUCCACUUCAACUUCCUCUUCUCAGAUUCCCACGUAGAAGUGAUUUCUGGAAAACAGGAAGGUGUCUAUGCAUGGAUUGGAAUAAACUUUGUCCUGGGGAGGUUUAACCAUGUGCACAAUGAUGGUGAAGCUGUAGUAGAGGUUAAUGUCCCAGGCAGCGAUCAGCAGGAGGCGAUGGUGAGGAAAAGAACAGCUGGCGUCCUGGACAUGGGUGGGGUCUCCACACAGAUCGCAUACGAAGUGCCCAAAACUGUAAGCUUUGCUUCUCCACAGCAGGAGGAAGUUGCAAAGAAUUUAUUGGCAGAAUUCAACUUGGGGUGUGACGCACAUCGCACAGAGCAUGUUUAUCGUGUUUACGUGUCCACCUUCCUGGGUUUCGGAGGAAAUGCAGCACGCCAAAGAUACGAGGAGAGCAUCAUCAGAAAUACUGCCACUCGAAAUAAGCUCUUAGGUCAGCAUAUCGGUGAGACAGCAGAGUCUCCCCUCCUGGAUCCUUGUCUACCCACAGACCUACAGGAUGAGAUUGGUCCGUCUACGCAGAAGCUGCACCUGCGAGGCACAGGGGACUUUGACCAGUGUCGACAGAUUCUGCAGCCGUUCCUCAACCGCACCAAUGAGACUCAAACCUCUUUGAGUGGGAUCUACCAGCCAGCCAUCGACUACAGCAACAGCCAGUUCUAUGGCUUCUCUGAGUUCUACUACUGCACAGAGGAUGUGCUGCGCAUGGGCGGAGAUUAUAAUGUUUCUAAAUAUUCCCAGGCCGCCAAGAGCUACUGUGCUACCCAGUGGAAGACUCUGAGGGAACGCUUUGACUCUGGCUUGUAUGCCUCACAUGCUGAUCUUCACAGACUCAAGUACCAGUGUUUUAAAUCAGCAUGGAUGUAUGAAGUAUUGCACUCAGGCUUCUCUUUCCCAACCAAUUACAAAAACCUGAAGACUGCCCUUCUGGUGUACGAUAAGGAGGUCCAGUGGACUCUCGGAGCUAUUCUUUACAGAACACGGUUUUUGCCUUUGAGGGACAUCCAACAGGAAAGCCUGAAAGGAAUACACUCUCACUGGCGGCACAGCUUCUCCUUUGUCAACAACCACUACUUAUUCCUGGCGUGUUUCUUCAUUGUGUUGUUGUCUAUUAUGCUGUACUUACUGCGUCUUCGCCGGAUCCAUCGGCGGACAGCGCAGCGCUGCACCCCCUCCUCUGUACCGUGGUUGGAAGAAGGCCUUGCCUCACCCACAAUCCCUAUCAACCUCUAAACUUUGUAGAACGUAACAUCUGGACAGCUGUUUUCUCUUAGGCCCUCUGCUUAUUCAGUGAGCCUUUUGAAGGCUGCUGUCCUGAAAACGGAGUUUUGGUAAAGUUCACUUAACAGGAAGAUGGUACUGAAACUUGGACAAAUAAGGAAGAUCUUAUGUGAGUCUUCAGGCUUAACUGAGCCAUGAGAAUAUUUGUAUUUAAGUUAUUUUGUUUAAUAAUGAAAAUGUCUUUCUCAAAAUCAUGUUCUUGCUUGCCACAUACUCCUUUGUCAUAUUCAAAUGGCAGCUGCCUCCAGGUGUCUUCAGUUUUAUUUCUACUUCUACACGACUUCUCUCAAUACAUAAUCUUUCAUGCCAAAAUAAAUACAGUGUGUAGUAGGUCGUCUGUACUUUGAAUUUCACAAAGUUGGACAAAUCAAUCACAGAGGCUAUUUUUAUUUUGUUUUGUAUUUACAUGUGGGCAUUUGCCUUUCUGUAUGCCUUUUUAGGUGCAUGAUCACAUUUUUAAAAAAAAUUGUUGUUAAAUGAUAUAAGCACUCGCAGUUUCUACAGAAACAUCAAAUGCAAUACGAUUUAUAAUUAGAGAAAGGAGCACUAAUGCAGUUGAGAGUGAGAAUGCACAGUACUGCCCAGCUGGAUUGGUCUGGUUUUUUCGUGCGCGAGUGUGUGUGUGUGUGCGUGCGUCUUUCCCAAAUUGUUCUGCCUCAUAUUCAUAUUGCGAGACAAGUAGCCUUUAAUAGCUAUAAUAGUGCAAUACGUGUCUUGUCACUGUUGGGAAAUCCUAUAAAACACAUCCUGCUCUUAAGUCUAGAGUAUCAAUCUCUCAAAGCCCUGCUGAAAUGCUUUUGUUGGACUCUCUGACGAUUACGUUGGAAACCGUUGCAUAUAUUUACGUUGGGCUUCAUUUUCAGAAGCUGUCAUAUCACUGCUGUGAGGGGAUUGUAAUAAAUGAGAGCACAUGCCCCAUUAUUUAUAUAAAAACAGUGUAGUGCAAUGUUUUCACUGAUGAAUGCGAAAUAAGAAAUAAAUGUUGUCACAUUGCAAUACAGUAAAUAAAGGUUUUAUGGUUUAA